UUGAGGUAUUUUGUGCAUCGUGGUUUUGACUUCAGUUUUCUGUCGUCUGCUCUGUCACUAAGGAGCGUUUCAGCCAUGGAGUUCAUACAGCAGAGAAACCUUCACUAUUUGACCAUUGUGUAUGUCAUCUUGACCACAAUCUCAGCUGCGGCAGCUCAGAUCAGAUUAGUGGGGACUGGGUCUACUCGUUGCUCUGGAAGAGUAGAAAUCUAUUACAACAGUGCUUGGGGCACAGUGUGUGAUGACAGCUGGGGCUUGGAGGAUGCUGCUGUAGUGUGCAGACAGUUGGACUGUGGUACGGCACUGAGUGCUCCUCAGUCAGCCCACUUUGGUAGAGGAACUGGUUCAAUCUGGCUGGAUGAUGUGAGCUGUUCAGGAACUGAAAGGUAUCUAACGGAGUGUAAUCACGGAGGAUUUGGGAAACACAACUGUGGACAC